AUGGCUGCGAUACUUACAACCGCCGAGUCGCAGACUCGUCGUCGCGAGCAAUACCAUGAAGCCGAUGUCGUCGUUGUCGGCGCUGGUGUCUUUGGCUGCACCGUCGCCUACGCUCUCGCGAACCAGGGCCGCUCCGUCCUCCUCCUUGAGCGCUGGCUCAAGGAGCCCGACCGCAUCGUCGGCGAGCUGCUCCAGCCCGGCGGUGUCGAGUCUCUCGACAAGAUUGGUCUAAAGCACUGCAUCGACGGCAUCGACGCUAUGCCCUGCUACGGCUACACGGUCUUUUACCAUGGCGAAAAGGUCCUCAUCCCCUAUCCCGGUCUCGACGAGAACAACAAUGUCACACAUGCUUGGGGUGGCCACAACGAGAACGGCAAGAAGCCCGCCGGAUGCAGUUUCCACCAUGGUCGCUUUAUCACCAACUUGCGCAACUCGUGUAUAAACCACGAGAACAUUACUGUUGUCGAGACCGAGGUCGUUAAGACCCUACGCGGCGAACAGUCUGAUCAGAUCCUCGGCGUCGAGAGCCGUACCACAAACAAGGAGACGGGCGUCAAGGAGCCUGACUAUUACUUUGGCCAGUUGACCAUCAUCGCCGACGGCUACGACUCCAAGUGGCGCAAGGAGAUUCUCAAGUCCAAGCCCAAGGUUUGCUCCAAGUUUUACGCUCUCGAGCUUAUCGACUGCGACCUCCCUGAGCCCGGACACGGCCAUGUCAUUAUCGGAAAUGCCUUCCCUAUCCUCCUCUACCAGAUUGGCACUCACGAGACUCGCGCCCUCAUCGACGUGCCCCAAGGAAUCCCCGAGGCCUCGCCAGAGAACGGCGGCGUGCGUGGCUACAUCCGCAACUUUGUCCUCCCUGCUCUGCCCCCCUCAGUCCGACCCUCCGUCGAGAAGGCCCUGGAAGAUGGCAAGAUCCCCCGCAGCAUGCCCAACAGCUGGCUCCCUCCUACGAAACAGCGCUCCAACGGCGCAAUCCUCCUCGGCGAUGCCAUGAACAUGCGACACCCUCUCACCGGUGGUGGCAUGAGCGUUGCCUUCAACGAUGUUGUUCUUCUGGCUGAGCUGCUGCACCCUGAUCGCGUGCCCAACCUGGACGACCCCAAGGCUAUCAACAAAGCUCUCGAUGAGCUCUACUGGAGGCGCAAGCCCCUGACGGGCAUCAUCAACGUCCUCGCUCAGGCCCUCUACUCCCUCUUUGCCGCCAACGACCGCCAGCUGCGCGCCCUCCAAUACGGCUGCUUCAGCUACUUCAAGCGCGGCACAACUGACGGUCCCGUGGCCCUCCUCGGCGGCAUCCUCCAGCGCCCCCUUGUCCUCGCCUACCACUUCUUCUCCGUUGCCUUCCUCGCCAUCUGGCUCAACGCCUGCUCCGUCGUCGGCUGCGGCGUGUUUGGAAUCCUCAAGGUUCCUCUCGCCAUCAUCGACGCCGUUCUCAUCCUCUGGAAGGCGUGCAUCGUCUUCGUCCCCAUCAUGUACCGGGAAACCUUUCAGUAA